UAAAAGAGAACUAGUGAGACGAACUUUUGAUUUCGGAGGUGAGAGCAGAACGGAUGUGCCAGGCAAUUUUGCACCUGCUGAUCUUGAUGACACUCAGCUGUCACUCUUUGGCUGAAAAUGAGACGAAUGCCACCUGUCCAGAACACCAAAGGGCUUUCGGGGGCUCUUGCUUUGAAUUUGUGGGUAUCCGGCGCUCUUUUUUCAGUGCUCAAGCCUGGUGUGAGGGGAAUGGAGGACACCUUGCUUUUAUCCCUGAUGAGGACACCCAGUACUUCCUUGAGAGACACAUGGACACUAAGGAAGACUUUUGGUUUGGAGUGGCACCAUCUGCUGAAGGUCAUCUCUCUUGGCUCGAUGGUUCACCUCUCACAUAUUCAAAGUGGGUGAGCAGUCCAGAGCCUGGAGCAGCUUGUGGCUACAUCCUGAGAAACUCGGGCUUUCACUGGGAGGCCAGAAACAACUGCACCAAAAACCGGAGUUUCAUUUGCCAGUUUGAGUCUGGGAGAACCAUUGUGUGUGAGGGUCGUAACACCACUCUGCAGUGUGGUUCGGGUCAGGUGUUAAUGAUAGACGGUGGCUUCUACGGUCGUAAGAGUAUUCAUUACUGUCGAUCCAAGUUCCCUCCACCAGCAUCCCCACAACAUGAGUGCGGCUGGGCGGACGCUGUAGAAUCAAUUACAGCUCGUUGCCACGACCGACAGGUCUGCCAGAUCGCUGAAGUUGCGAACUCCUUUGCUGACCCUUGUCCUCAGCUGAAGAGCUACCUGUCUGUAGACUACCACUGCAAAGACGGGCUCGCACUGUCAGUGAAUCCCACCGCUGUGGUUCUUGGUGACGUCAGAAUUCACGUGAAGUGGCUUUUACAUUCAUCCCUGACAAACCUUAGCUGCAGAGUGAACACGGGAGAUGGCCAUGUAAUUUAUUUGAACAAUCCAAAAGGGUUGGAGAACAGUGUGGUGCACAAAUACACUCAUCCAAGUACCUUUAUUGUGGCAGCUGAAUGCACUUGCAGUGAAAUGCACAUUACAGCUCAGAAAAUAAUUACCAUUCAAGAGCCUGUUGCAGAGAUCGGUGUUAUCACGUGCUAUGCUGGAAACCUGUCUUUUUCUGAAACCAACUGCAAAGCCCUGUAUGGAGAAGCCUUUCACAUUCAAAUGGAAGUAAGCGCAGGUACGAAUGUGACCUACAGAAUCGAAAGUGAUGAAAAGUCGUUGUCCGGUUUAUCUGUGAUCAGAGGAACUGAACCCCAGAACAUCACAGUAACAUCAGAAAUGGUGACACACCUCGGGUCUGGCUGCCACCACCUGACACUUUAUGCGUCUAACACGGUCACAUUCCUUGAAGUGUCCAAAGACCUGCAGGUACAAGGAAGAAACAUGUUAGAGUUGGCAGAGCUGGUGGUUCAAGCGGAGGACCGGGUGGUUCUAGCGGAGGACCGGGUGGUUCUAGCGGAGGACCGGGUGGUUCUAGCGGAGGACCGGGUGGUUCAAGCGGAGGACCGGGUGGUUCAAGCGGAGGACCGGGUGGUUCAAGCGGAGGACCGGGUAGUUCUAGCGGAGGACCGGGUGGUUCAAGCGGAGGACCGGGUGGUUCUAGCGGAGGACCGGGUGGUUCAAGUGGAGGACCGGGUGGUUCAAGCGGAGGACCGGGUGGUUCUAGCGGAGGACCGGGUGGUUCAAGUGGAGGACCGGGUAGUUCUAGCGGAGGACCGGGUGGUUCAAGUGGAGGACCGGGUAGUUCUAGCGGAGGACUGGGUGGUUCAAGCGGAGGACCGGGUGGUUCAAGCGGCGGACUGGGUAGUUCUAGCGGAGGACCGGGUGGUUCUAGCGGAGGACCGGGUGGUUCAAGUGGAGGACCAGGAGGGUCAAGCGGAGGACCGGGUGGUUCUAGCGGAGGACCGGGUGGUUCAAGUGGAGGACCAGGAGGGUCAAGCGGAGGACCGGGUAGUUCUAGCGGAGGACCGGGUAGUUCUAGCGGAGGACCGGGUGGUUCAAGUGGAGGACCAGGAGGGUCAAGCGGAGGACCGGGUAGUUCUAGCGGAGGACCGGGUAGUUCUAGCGGAGGACCGGGUGGUUCUAGCGGAGGACCGGGUGGUUCAAGUGGAGGACCAGGAGGGUCAAGCGGAGGACCAGGUGGUUCUAGCGGAGGACCGGGUAGUUCUAGCGGAGGACCGGGUGGUUCAAGCGGCGGACCGGGUGGGUCAAGCGGAGGAGCGGCUUCGACAGAAGAUGCUGGACAUAAUGAUUGCUGUAGUAAAUGACAAUCUCACCAAAAGUCCACAAGACAUUCAGGCAUUAGCCACAGCACUUGCUUCUCUCAUCAAGAAAGGCACUGAAAUCAAUACAUCAGCACAGGAAGGGGCCGCGUCAUUGUUCGCAAACCUGAGUUCAUCUCUCCUCCACAUGGAUCUAAACGCAACUGAAGUCUUUGCCACAGCCAACAAUAUUGUGGAGGGCAUAAGCAACAUGCUCAACUAUUGUCCUAGCAAAAACACCUCAGAUGGCCUUCUUGGUGCCCUGUUCAAUAUACAGAGUGCGAUGUUGUCCUUUAUGGAGCUCAAUGAGGACUCAAGUAUAAUUCAGCAAACCCACGUUAAAGUAUUUGUCAGAAGAGUUUUACCAGCAGUCUUGUACACAGGCUCAGUAAAUAUUACCAACUGUACCUGCAUCACAUUUUCUCUCCCACAACUACCCUCUACAAUACUUCCUUCAGACAAACCAGUGGAUGUGCGAAUGCUGAACUUAGAUGUAAACCCAUUUUGUUGGAAGGUGGGAUGGGACAUCAGCAGAUUCGUAGGUUCUUUAUCCCUCACAACGAAAGAAGGGUCUGUUAUCCCUGUGGAGAACUUAAGUGAGGAUAUUCAGGUCGUGUUUCCACGGUUUGCUGGAGAACAAGUGAACACCACUAUUCUGGACUUGGGGAACUUCAGCACAACGGUUAUUGAUAUUCCUUCAGCGAAUUCUACCCUGGUGCUAAAGAUGAUGCCUUCAAAGGUUCCUUUACCCUUCAAAGUCCUCCUUGGUUAUAAUGACUACCCUACUGAGACGAAUUAUGUAGCGGCAACAGAGAUGCCUCAGCAGGGAGCCACACAAGAGGAGAAAUACACAUGGCUCCUGCACCCUGAGGAUUUAAAGGGAAACACUGGAGUGCAUUAUCUUGUUGUGAGACCCAUAGUGGGCCCAGGUAUAAAAUCUAUCAAUGCCAGUUUAUCAAUUACGCCCAUCACAACCUCAUGUAAAUUUUGGAAUGAAUCACUACUGGACUGGAGCAAUUCUGGAUGCAGAGUUGGUGCCAAUACCACGCAUUUAGAAACCCAGUGCCUCUGCAACCACCUCACCUUCUUUGGGAACUCCUUCUUUGUCACUCCCAACCUUGUCGACCCGUCACGCACUGCUGAGCUAUUCGCAACCUUUGCCAAUAAUCCUGUGGUUGUGUGCUUCGUCGCGGCACUCUUUUUGGCAUAUCUCUUGGUCCUUGUGUGGGCAAGACGAAAAGAUAUUCAAGACACAGUCAAGGUAAAGGUGACAGAGGUGGAGGACAAUGAUCCAAUGGAUGAGUAUCGCUACCUGUUGAGUGUCUGUACCGGGCAUCGUAUAGGAGCCUCCACUUCCUCUCAGGUAACAGUUACUCUGCUGGGUACAGAAGGACACAGCGAGCCUCACCACUUGACAGAUUCAAAGAAACGUGUGUUUGAAAGGGGAGCAGUGGAUAUGUUCCUGCUAACUACGCCCUUCUCCCUGGGAGACCUGCAGGGCAUCAGACUAUGGCACAACAACUCUGGAAGCCAUCCUGCCUGGUACGUAGGCAAUGUCAUGGUGCAGGAUUUACAGACAGAGGAGAAAUGGCAUUUUCUAUGUAAUUCCUGGCUGUCGGUAGACAUUGAUGACUGUUCCCUCGAUAAAAUAUUUCCUGCUGCAUCAGAGAUGGAUCUAAAGAGGUUCAGUAAUUUGUUCUUCACAAAGACAACAAAGGAUUUCAAAGACGGACACCUCUGGAUUUCGGUGAUCAGUCGACCACCGAGCAGCCACUUCACCCGUGUGCAGAGAGUGUCCUGCUGUUUCUCUCUGCUGCUCUGUACCAUGUUGACCAGUAUCAUGUUUUAUGGGAUCCCAACAGACCCCUCUCAGCAAGUAAUGGACCUAGGAAGUUUUGAGUUUACUUGGCAGCAGUUCAUGAUUGGAGUUCAGAGUUCCCUCAUCAUGUUUCCUGUAAAUAUCCUCAUAGUCAGUAUUUUCAGAUUCACUCGUCCUCGGGAGUUUUCUUGUUGCCAUCGCAAAAAAAAGAAAAAGAACACACAAGAUUCUUCUGCCACAACAGACAUGACUAACAGUGUGUCUUUAGAUCUUAUCAUUAAGGACAUCACAAGAAUUGCCCACUUGCUCUCUAAGACGAUAAAAAGCAACGUCACAUGCAAGGAGUUUAAGUUUGUACCUGAACAAGACAAUGAUGUCAAUGCUAUUCUUUCUGUGUUGAAAGACUUAAUCACACAGAAUAACACAGCUAGUGAAAAUAUCGAGACAAAAACACAGCCUCAGCUAUCAGAUAGCAGCGCAUCUGCAGAGGGGGUGAUUCAAAAGAAGAGAAACAAAAGCCAGUAUCUGUACAGACAACUGUGUCACAUCGACAGUGAGUUGAGUCAGCUGGGUCCCUCAGGCUUCCCGAAUCCACACAGCUACAAACAGGCGCUGCAGCAAGUCCAGAGCAUGAAGGAGUUGCUUGAAGAUCAACUCGUCGCAUCCAACAGAGGCGUUCCAGAUGAACCCACCAACAAAACGGCCAGUCCGUCAGACAGCACUGAUGGUGAUGGCGCUGAGAAAAAAAGGACGUGCUGUCACGGAGGUCUACCCUGGUGGUUUAUUUUUGUUGGCUGGCUGCUGGUGAUUGCAACCAGUGUCGUAUCAGGCUAUUUCACAAUGAUGUAUGGCUUGAAAUUUGGAAAACCACGCUCCAUAAGUUGGUUGGUAUCCAUGGUUAUUUCCUUCUUUCAGAGUGUCCUCCUUAUUCAGCCGCUGAAGGUGCUUUGUUUUGCAAUCUUCUUUGCUCUUGUGAUUAAAAAAGUCGACGAGGAAGAUUUUCAAAAUGUUCAAUUUGAAAGAAACCAAAGAAAUAUCGGUGAACAAAUGUUCGUGCGCUAUGGCAGUGUUUAUGAGCCGCCGCCUCAUGCAGACGUAGAAAGAAUGAGGAGGAACAGGAUGCUGGAACAGAAAGCCUUUGCUCUAAUCAGGGAGAUACUGAUCUACAUGGGGUUCCUGUGGAUGCUGCUGCUGGUGGCACAUGGCCAGAGAGAUCCAAAUGCUUUUUACCUAAACACACACAUUACACAAAGCUUCUGUGGAAACGCCCCAGCCACCAUGGCAAUUCAAGAUGUAUUCAACUGGGCCAGCACAUCUGUACUCAGUAACCUCUUUGGACAAUAUCCAGGAUUCAUCACUGAUGGAAACUCGAAGCUUCUGGGAAAUGCACGUCUUCGUCAAUUGAGAGUGAAGAAGAACUCGUGUCAGAUUGCAGGCCCCAUGCUAAAGAUGGUGCCAGACUGUAGCGCUCCAUAUUCAUGGGAAGCGGAGGACAUGGGCUCCUAUGGACCCGGCUGGAACACGUCUGUUGGAAAUAACAUCUCUGCAAGCAUUUCCAGUCCCUGGACGUACCAGACACACUCUCAACUCAGAGCUUAUCCCGUCUGGGGAGAAUUGGCGCUCUACAGAGGGGGAGGCUUUUCAGUGGAGCUCGGCCCAGAUUUACAAACUGCAACCAGCACCCUCAACUAUCUGUUCAACAAUAUGUGGUUCGAUAUGUACACACGGGCCAUCUUUGUUGAGUUCACUGUUUAUAAUGCAAAUGUGAAUCUCCUCUGCAUUGUCACGCUUUUGCUGGAGUCCCCUGCUGUAGGAGCCUUUCAGUUAAACAGUGAAAUGCAGAGUGUUCAUCUCUACCUGCCAGGUGACGGCCUUCGCAUCUGCAUUAUUACCACUGAGAUCAUUUAUAUGCUUUUCAUCCUCUAUUACAUGUUCAAUCAGGGGAAAUUAAUGAAGCAGCAGCGCUGGCUUUACUUCAAGAACAAAUGGAACCUUCUGGAGCUUUCUAUCAUCCUGCUGAGCUGGAGUGCCGUGGCUGCCUUUAUCCAGAAGACUCUGAUCGCGAACCGUGAUAUAGCAUACUACCAAAACCACAAAGACAAAUUUGUCAGUUUUUACCAGACAGGCACAUCAGAAUCACUUUUUCAGUAUCUGAUGGCUUUCCUGGUCCUGCUCGCCACUGUCAAACUGUGGCACCUGCUUAGACUUAACCCAAAGAUGAACAUGAUCACAGCUGCACUGCAGCGAGCCUGGACCAACAUAAGUGGUCUUCUUCUGAUCAUUGUGAUCAUGUUGCUGGCUUACUCCAUUGCAUGUAACGUGAUUUAUGGCUGGAACCUAUCCUCUUAUAAAACUUUCAUGGAUGCCCUCAUGACUCUCAUCGGUUUGCAGAUAGGCAUCUUUAACUAUGAUGAGGUCCUGUCCAGCAAUCCUGUGCUUGGUGGGUUACUCAUUGGUUCCUGUAUAGUUUUUGUGACAUUCGUGGUGCUCAAUCUCCUGCUGUCGGUGAUCCUCGUGGCAUUCAAUCAGGAGCAAAAAUACCACAAGCCUUCUGAAGAAGAGGAGAUUGUAGACCUGAUGCUGAUGAAAAUCUGCAGUCUUUUUGGCAUCAAACGUAAACAUGCAAAAGACACCCGGGAGUCCGACAUGAGCGGCGGCAGUGGCUUGGCCCAAAAUAACAACAGAAAUAUCUUCAACACUUCUUCUCCUGAUGCCAACAUUUUUCAGAUGUCUGACAAAUACGUAAACCCCUAAGGACGUACUGUACUUUUAUUCCAUGGCGUUUUCUCCUAUCCUUUGCUUUUUCCAUCUUGGCAGGUCAGAGCAUGCUGCACUGUUUUGUGAAUAUGUGUAAUAGCUUAUGAUAACACACAGAAAUACAUUAUUUGUUGAGAUAAAUAAGAUAUUUAGAGCAUGUUGGACUCAAUGUUGUUUUCUUUGCAACAAUGAUACUCAGGUUGCCAAAAACAUAAGAACUAUAUGGAUAUUUCAUACAUAUAUUGUAAGUAUAUAGUUUGUAUGUGUCUCGUAAUCAUAUAAUCAAUGUUUCAGCUUUAAAAU